AUGCCAAACCAGCCCCCGCAUCCUCCGUACUCUGACACAUAUGUUCUACCCAAAACCAAGUAUGGAAAGCCAGUAAAUCCUGGUAUGUUCAAAGACAACUCCUUCACAUCCGAGGAUGAAGACCACAAGACUCGCUGGUGGGAAGAGACCUGGGCCACCGAAGAAGCCAAACAGCGUCGCUUGAGAGAAGAGCGCUUAGAUCGCGGCGAGAGACAAGAUAUCGAGCGCAGCCAACGCUACCGAGCCACCACCGCUGAGGAACUAGAAGCCUAUCGUACAUGGCAGAGAGAAGCCGAGGAGACCGAGCGUGCGCAGGCUAGAGACAGGAGGUUCAGACAGGCGGCCAAAGAGGCGGAGGAGAUGAUGUCAGGCGAGAAGAUCACAGUCAGGAUGCAGGUUGGGAUCCGGGAGGUUGAGGAGCGAAAGCAGAUUGUGCCUUGGGAGUGGCAGGAGGGUGACGGCGCUACUCAAGGUCAAGGUCAGAGCGAGGAUAGCGGGUAUGUUGGCGAGGGCUAUACCAGUGGUGAGGGAUAUAGUGAUGGCCAGGAUAAGAACAAGCUGAAGAAGUGGUUCAAGAAGGUCUUGCCUUGA